AUGCCUCCUAUCAUCCACACGAGUAUGCCUCCUAUCCUCACGAGUAUGUUCUUACCCUCCACACGAUAUACCUCCUAUCCUCCACACGAGUAUGUCUCCUAUCCUCCACACAAGUAUACCUCCUAUCCUCCACACGAGUAUGCCUCCUAUCCUCCACACAAGUAUACCUCCUAUCUUCCUCACGAGUAUGCCUCCUAUCCUCCUCACGAGUAUGCCUCCUAUCCUCACGAGUAUGUUCUUACCCUCCACACGAGUAUGCCUCCUAUCCUCACGAGUAUGUUCAUAUCCUCCACACGAGUAUACCUCCUAUCCUACUCACGACUAUACCUCCUACCUCCACACGAGUUUGCCUCAUAUCCUCCACACGAUUAUGCCUCCUAUCCUCCACACGAGUAUGCCUCCUAUCCUCCACACGAGUAUGCCUCCUAUCCUCCACACAAGUAUACCUCCUAUCCUCCUCACGAGUAUGCCUCCUAUCCUCCUCACGAGUAUGCCUCCUAUCCUCCUCACGAGUAUGUCUCCUAUCCUCCACACGAGUAUGCCUCCUAUCCUCCUCACGAGUAUGUCUCCUAUACUCCACACGAGUAUGCCUCCUAUCCUCCUCACGAGUAUACCUCCUAUCUUCCACACGAGUAUGCCUCCUAUCCUCCACACGAGUAUGCCUCCUAUCCUCAUGAGCCAGGUUUAACAAAGCUGGUCAAAGCCUUGAUCUCGCAGGAAACGCAGGAGAACGUCGCAUGUCUCCGCCUCAUCAGGGAAGUGCUAUUUGUGUUGGGAGAUUAUCUGCCUGGCAUGAUAGCGAUUCACCUAGGUUGUAAUGGACGCAGUAUCGUACCUCCUCCUGGCACCAUUGUGGCACUGUUCUCCUAA